AUGAUGGACAAUCAGCCGCCCCUCACAUCACCGGAUGGAUCCAGUCAUGGGAACCCACCAGAGAGAUGUCCCCGUCCUCUGUAUUCCCCGGGAUUCCACACAGGAAGGUCACACCAUCCCUCACCAUCAUCAGAGUGGAAACCUGAGAGAUCCUAAAGUUGAGGUUAAAGAAGAGAUAAAAGAGGAGGAGGAUGAGGAUGGGGGGAUGGAGGAGUCAGAGCUUCUAAAGGGACACAAAGACACCAUGGUGGAGUCAUCCAGCUACAGGAACCCCCCAGAGAGAUGUCCCCGUCCUCUGUAUUCCUUGUAUUCCACACAGGAAGGUCACACCAUCCCUCACUAUUACAAGAGUGGAGAUCCAAUCGAUAUAGAAUUUGAGGUGAAAGCAGAAGAAGAAGAGGCGUAUGUGAGGGAUGAUCAGCAGUUUCUAUGGAGGAGGAUGGAAUAACGGGGACAUUUAUAGAGGAGGACACUCCUACAGAGAUCAGCACAGUCCCCAUGGCCGGGAGAUGAGGAAAACCUCCGAGGAUUGUCUCACUUUGUCUCCAGACUGGAAAGUAGAAGAUGAGGACAUCACACAGUAUAGUCCAGGAGAAAAACCCGGCUCCCUCCAAUGUCCAU